AUGUUGGCAGUCAUACUCAGCAGUCAACAAGAAGAUGCAGACCUGUUGUUAAGUGAUGUCUCAGAUUCCGCUCUUAAUCCUGCCAUUCCACAAUCUCUUGAGGACUCUGAAGUGAAGUUUGGACCCACUCAAGACACCACUCUUCCCUGGAAUCCAGAUGACUUGAGCAGCAUGCAGCAUUCUACAAUCAAUGAUGGUCCUGUAUCAUCAAGCAGUCUUCCAGCAUCACCAGAUCCAUUUGACCAAGAAAUCCUUAUUUUGAAAUUAAGACGAGUAAACAUAGUUGAUGAUGUCCUUAAUGUCUUCAUGGAUCCAAAAGUACUGAAUGCUAGUCUAAGAAUGGAGUUUACAAAUGAGAAAGCUAUGGACAGUGAUGGUGUGUCAAGAGAGGCGUACUCUGCAUUCUGGGACCACUUCUUGGACCAGUGUGAGGGGGAAGAUGAACGAGUACCCAGGCUACGACCAGACUAUUCUGAGAAGAAAUGGCAAGCUCUCGGAAGAGUGUGGUUGAAAGGAUACCUGGACCACAAAAUCCUACCAAUCAGACUGUCACCAGCCUUUGUUCUUGCUUGUUGUAAAGGAGUUAGCUCAGUGGAUGAAGAACUAUUGAUGAUGUCAUUUGCCAGAUUUCUUUCAGAGAAUGAGCGUGUGUCGCUUGAAAAAGCACUACAGGGUACCAUUGAUGAAACUGUUGAGGAGGACUUACUUGAUGUCUUCUCCAGAAUGGGCUCACACUGCCUUCCCCCUAAAAACAAUUUACGGGCUGCUAUUUUAACAAUGGCACACAAAGCUCUUCUUCAAGAGCCAAAGUUCAUAAUUGAUUGUUUCCACUCCAGUGUUCAUAAUGCUAUGCCAAUGCUCAUAACCAAAGACAACAUAAUGGAGAUAUAUGAAUCUAAGAGGCCAACUAACAAAAAAGUGGCCCAGAUGAUAAAACCAUCAUUUGAAAGCCUAAAUCCACAAGAGCAGACUGCUCUUAACCACCUGCUACGUCGCAGGCCUGUAGCACACACGUGUGGAGCAGUUCUUGAGUUACCAUGCACUUACAGCACAUACCCUGAGUUUCGCAAAGAAUUUGAUAAUGUCUUGUCAGGCGACUGCUUCACAAUGGAUAUUGUGUAG